AUGCAGAGCCGGGACGACGACUCUCCACAAGGCGCACACGCAUCGAAACCGAGACGCCUGAGCAGAUCGCAACUGGAAUCCAUGAGUCGAGAUACGAUCAUCGAACUGUACUUCGAAAGCGAUGAGUACAUAAGACAUCUGGAAUCGUCGAUGUCGAACAAGAUAUCGAACGAGGAGAGGCAACAGUUGAAGAACAGGAUUCUAGAUCUCAAUCGACGGGAGAAUCUGUUGGUCUUGAAAAUGGCCAUGAAGGAGCAGCAAAUCCGUGACAUCGAGUGCGAAAUCGAUACGCUGAAACGGAGGCUCAUCCCUCAAAACAGUGCUCAACUCAGGGCGACCCUCGUGGACCCAUCGGUGCACAUCCUGUUUCUAAAGAUGAAGAAAGAGCUAGAAGAAUCGAAAAAGAAGCUCGAAGAAACACAAAAUGAAAUAUCUUCCUAUAAGUUCACUCCGGAUUCGCACACCGGUAAACGACUGCUUUCGAAAUGCCGCCAAUUACAUCAGGAGAACGAGGAUCUCAGGGAGUCGGUGUCUUCGGGCAAAAUCGCGAAACUGGAAGGCGAUCUCGCCCUACAUCGUUCCUUCGCCAAAGAUAUGAAGAACAGUCAGACGCAGCAGGAUGCCAUGCUAGUUGAACUUGAUAGCGAGCUGGAAAACAUGCAGGGCAUCGUGUGUAGCCUACAGAAACAGCUGAAGGAGUCGAAUAAAGCCAUAGCUGACCUCCGAGGGGAGCCGGCACCGUCUGGAGGUCAAGAUGACGAUGAGAUCUCGACCAUGGAAAUAGAUACACCGUCCACCUCGCGGGGGCAUCAAUAUUGGUCAAAUUCAAGAGUGAGUGGCGGGCCAUCAGCGCUCAAGAUCUCCACCCCGAACAUCCCGUCUGCAGAAGAGAAAGCAACCACGGAAGACGAUUCUCCUGAAGAGGUUGCCGCAGAAAUACCCGCAGCGGAAAUUUCGAAAGCGACGGGCUCAGAGGAUCCCACAAAUUCCUCGAAGCCCCAGGAAAUCGACGAGGCCAUUAAAGAAGGAGAGAACAACAUCAGCAGUGGUGAGGAGCCAUCGGAUCAGGAGAAGGGAACGGAUCAGUCAAACGAGAAUGACGCUGAAAACUGACUCUAGGCGCCUUCUGAGCUAGCUGAAAUCAUUCACUGUAUCAUAUCUCUUAAAGGAAUGAUAAAAAGAUUCA